AUGUGGGCACAGCCUAUGAGGAGGACGCUGCUCAGUCUGAUCCUCAGACUCCUGUUCCUGAACCCAGUGGUCAUGGGCAACUGCUCGGGUGAUGGCCAACAGCUCCUCAAGCAGCUGCAGCACCAGGCGAACCUCAUGCAGGACACCAGCAUGCUCCUGGACCCCUAUAUCCACAUUCAAGGCCUUCACAUGUCCGGACUGAAAGAGCGCUGCCAAGAGUGCCCUGGGGUCUUUCCCAGCGAGCAUGACCUGAAGAAACUCAGUAAGAGGGACUUCCUGCGGACCCUCAACACCAAGCUGGGUCAUGUCCUACAGAGACUUUCCGCUUUCCAGGGGGACCUCCCCAAAGUCCAGGCCUUGGGGGUGGCGAAGAUGAAUAUCUACGGGAUCAGGAACAACAUCCACUGCUUGGCCCAGCUGCUGCAAGGCUCCUUGGAAACGGCUGAACCCACUCAGGCCGGCCUGUUGACCUCACCACCACCCACCCCUACCUCAGACGCCUUUCAGUCCAAGUUGAAAGGCUGCCAGUUCCUGCAUGGCUUCCACCGCUUCAUGCACUCAGUGGGGCAGGUCUUCCGAAAGUGGAGGGAGACCCCGAGCCAGAGGAGCCGGAGACACAGCCCCCGCCGGGCCCUGCAGAAGGGGGCUCACAGGAUGCAACCCUCCAGGAGGGGCAAGAGACUCUUGGCCAGGGUGCAGCCUCACCGGUAG